AUGCUCAAGCCCAAAGACCUGUGUCCCCGAGCGGGCACGCGCACCUUCUUGGAAGCCAUGGAGGCGGGCAAAGUGCACCUGGCCCGCUUUGUGCUGGACGCGCUGGACCGCAGCAUCAUUGACUGCCGCGCGGAGCAGGGCCGCACGCCGCUUAUGGUGGCAGUCGGGCUGCCGGACCCUGCGCUGCGCUCGCGCUUCGUGCGGUUGCUGCUCGAGCAAGGUGCCGCCGUGAACCUACGGGACGAGCGCGGUCGCACGGCACUCAGCUUGGCAUGCGAGCGCGGCCACCUGGACGCCGUGCAGCUACUGGUGCAAUACAGCGGCGACCCCGAGGCUGCCGACUCGGCAGGGAACAGCCCGGUCAUGUGGGCGGCGGCUUGCGGCCACGGGGCGGUGCUCGAGUUCCUGGUGCGCUCCUUCCGCCGCCUCGGCCUGCGCCUCGACCGCACCAACCGGGCGGGCCUCACCGCGCUGCAACUCCGCCGACGGCCCAGCCCCCGCCGCCUCCCGCGGCCUCUCCUGGCGCGCUUUGCGCGAGCUGCGGGAGGCCACAGCGGGGAGACAGGGUCAGGGGUAAAGGGUUCGGGCCGGCACCGGUCGCAGGGCAGCGAGCGACCCGAGUUGGGCCGAAGCAUGAGCCUGGCACUAGGUGCCGUGACCGAGGAGGAGGCGGCUCGCCUGCGGGCUGGGGCUCUCAUGGUCCGACCACAUUCACCCCAGUCUUCGGGGACUGGGCGGUGGCGCUCUCAUGAGGUGUUAGAAGGCGCGCCUCCGACCUCAGUGCAAGCCCCCAUUGGCCUUAGCCCCCACCCCGAGGGCGGUCCCGGCUCGGGUCGCCUGGUUUUGCGCAGACGUUCUACAGCCCCAGACAUCCCCAGUCUGGUGGGGGAGGCAUCAGGGCCCGAAAGCGGCCCGGAAGUAGAAGCCAAUGCCCAACCUGUCUCGGUGCCGGGGCCACAGCCUUGGCAGGAUGGCACUGAGGCCGUGGUGCUGCAAGCCCAGCGGUAA